AUGGCAGUCAAGACCAUCAUCGUCACCGGUGCCUCUCGAGGAAUUGGCCUCGCGAUCGCCAGGUAUCUACUUUCAGCACCGCAAUCCCACAAUGUCGUAGUGGUAGCUCGCAGCGUCGAGCCCCUUCAGAAGCUCAAGGAGCAGUACAGCAAGCAAGUCGAGGUGGUGAACGGCGACCUGGCAGACUUCUCUCUCGCCCAGAAGGUAGUCGAUACCGCUAUCAAGGCCUUCGGACAACUCGACGGCAUGGUUCUGAACCACGGUAUCCUCGGCCAAGUCGGCACUAUUGCCACAGCCGACCUAAAAGAGUGGCAGCAAGGAUUUGAUGUCAACUUUAUCAGCUUGGUAGCGUUCACCAAGGCAGCUCUGCCGGCUCUCCGCCAGUCCAAGGGGAAAAUCAUCUUCACCUCCUCCGGCGCCGCCGUGACUGGCUACCGCUCAUGGGGCCUCUACGGAGCCACCAAGGCAGCGAUGAACAGCUUGGCUUCGUGCUUGGGCAACGAGGAGCCCGAAGUUACCUCUAUUUCCAUCCGGCCCGGCAUGGUCGACACGGACAUGCAGCGUGAGCUUCGUGACGUCCAUAGCGCAAACAUGGACCCGGAAACACACUCCAAAUUUACCAAUGUGCACAAGGACGGCAAGCUCCUGCAGCCUGAGCAGCCGGGGCAUGUCAUGGCAAAGCUGGUGCUCAACGCACCGAAGGAGCUAAGCGGCAAGUUCUUAUCGUGGAACGAUAAGGAGCUUGAGGUUUUCCAGUAG